UUUUUUUUUUUUUUACAAAAGAUAAUUUUAUAAUUUCUCAUUCAUUCUUUAUGUCAAUAAAGCAAAGUAAAAGUCCAAAAGAUUCAAAAUGCACUUUUGCCAUACAUAAAAAAAGAAAAAAGAAAAAAAAUCCGCCAUCUCACCGUUCGGGUCGGGUUCCUCCGGCCCAUUUGAAAGGUCCGAAUCCGAUUCGCAAUCUCGUUAACGCUUCCCCUGAAUUACGUAAGUCACGCACAGAGCAUUUGCCCUCUCUCCCUCUAUCUCUCUCACACACUCACUCACUAACUCUCAAACUAUUUCGAUAGACUCAGCUAAUCAGUAGGCAGCUGCUUUUACUGGUGAAAAUGGAGAACUUGGGCAUGGUUUCGUCACCCAAAAUAGUAUUGGGAGUCUCCCCAAAUCCGAAGAACUCACUAAUUUCAAUUUCCAGCAAACAAUUUGUCGGUCUUCCAAAUUUACUCAGAAAAACGGGGAAAAGUUUCAGAAAGAGCAAUCCUACUCCUUCGGUCUCGGUUGUUUCUUUCUUCGAGGCGCGCAAAGCCACCAAAACUAUAGUGGCGGAGAAAGUUGCAAGGGACUGUUUUGCUAGCAUUGCUUCUAGUGGCCAACAAACAUCGUCUGUUGGUGCAAAUCCACAGAUAUCAGUUCCACCUACUUCUUCUCAAGUGGGCUCACCUCUUUUCUGGAUUGGUGUUGGUGUUGGUCUCUCAGCACUUUUUUCAUGGGUGGCUGGAAGAGUAAAGAAAUAUGCAAUGGAACAAGCUUUUAAGACCUUCACACAACAGAUGAAUACUCAAAAUAGCCCAUUUGGAAACAAUGCCUUUUCACCUGGCUCACCCUUCCCGUUUCCACCACCAGCAACGAGCCCAGCAUCAGAUUCGUUCAAAAGUGGAGCUCCUUCAUUCACAAGUGGAACUCCUGCAGCUUCUCAAUCUAUAACUGAUAUACCUGCGACAAAAGUGGAGGAUCCGCCGUCCACAUCUGUCAACAAUAAAGUAGAACCUCAGGAUGCACCAAAGAAAUACGCUUUCGUAGAUGUCUCCCCAGAGGAGACAGUGCAGAAAAGUGCUUUUGAAGACUACAAGGAAACGAUUCAGACAGAUUCACCCAAUAAUUACUCACAGUCAUCCCAGCAAGUUUCUCAAAAUGGCACGGCUUCAAACCAAGGAACAGGGGCAUCAGAAGGUCCCUCCACUAGUAACCCCCUCUUGUCAGUGGAUGCAUUGGAGAAAAUGAUGGAAGAUCCAACAGUGCAGAAAAUGGUUUUCCCUUACUUGCCAGAGGAGAUGAGGAAUCCCACCACCUUUAAAUGGAUGUUACAAAAUCCAGUGUACCGUCAACAACUUCAAGAUAUGUUAAAUAACAUGGGGGGAAAUCCUGAAUGGGACAAUCGCAUGAUGGAUACGUUGAAGAACUUUGAUCUGAGCAGCCCUGAGAUCAAACAACAGUUUGAUCAAAUAGGCCUCACUCCUGAUGAAGUCAUAUCUAAAAUCAUGGCUAAUCCUGACGUUGCUAUGGCAUUUCAAAAUCCAAGAGUUCAAGCAGCCAUCUUAGACUGUUCUCAGAACCCCCUAAGCAUUGCCAAGUAUCAAAAUGACAAAGAGGUUAUGGAUGUGUUCAACAAAAUAUCUGAACUCUUCCCGGGAACUUCACCUUGAUUCUCUAUAUCCUAGCAAAGAGGCUAGGCUAUAGAUGUGCUUUGAUUUCCCUGGGUAAAUUUCUCCAAGAAUGAGCUUCAAAAUCCUUCUUUUUCGAUGCAUCACCAAGUCCUGUGCUACGAGUAAAUGCUGUCGCCUCCACCUACGUAGACAUUGUUUUACAUUGCGAUGGUACUUGCUCAAGUCUUGGUGUAGUUUUUGUUAGUUGUUAAGUCAAAACCUUCUUUUUGCUCUAGUAGCUUCAGAUACGAAUUUCAGUUAUUCCUAGUUUUUUGGGUGAAUGAUGUUUUGAGAUUUUCUGAGCUGUUGCAUAUGAGUCGUUAUAUAUAUGAAUAUAACAAUUCAAGGAUAUGAAUAUAUAUAAUUCAAGAUUA